GGAGUAACCGAACGGGAACCGAACGCGAGGCAGUGCACGCGCAGCCGUCGAGACGCGCGCAUCUCGUGUGUGCGUGCCUCGUAUCCGAUACUCGGGGUAGCCGGAGGAGAGGGAGAAGCCCGCGAAACCGAGAUCAACACACGGGCACUGCAGCGCGUUCGGGUCCCGCGGUCGCAUCCACUGAUAUAAUCGAGGAGGUCGCAGCUCUCUCGAAUUACCGGCGCAGCACGCGACACGAUCAAUCUCAAGCGACACGAGUGUCCAACGGUUUUUUUACGUUUCAAUUUGACGCUCUCUCUCUCACUCGGAGUGCUGAAUGUCAUGAGUGUCUGGCCGGCGCGGCCGGAGCCUCGAAGGGAACCUUUGGUCGGCUUAGGAGAAGAAGGAGAGUACACGAAACCACGCACGUUUCUUCUCUCGAGUGGAAAUUCCGUUGUCCGUAGUGUCACGUGAUUUCCCGGAAUACUCGCGACUCGCGUGAAGUGCGCCGCCAGUGAGACUGGUACGUCCGACCGUGGUGUGAAGCUAGUGAGAGCCGUCCGCCCGGAGAAACGCAUUAUCAUCGGCGAGACGCCGAGAGGGAACAGGGUGGAACGAUGAUCUCGGUGCUUUCAUUAAGGACCCGAGACACUUUCGUGCCGUCGAUCUCCUUUGGCCCGCGAUUGUAUCGCGUCGCACGCGCUACUUUCGCGGCGCGUUGAAAAAAAGUGCACCGGGCGAGCGUGCGUGUCCUCCGCCGAAUUCUCGCGUCGACCGCGUAACGGAUUUCGGACUCGCGCGAAUUGACGAUAACGCGUGUGCGUGUGCGCGUGUGUGUUUCUUCAAGCUUGCCUCCUUCGGCGACGAGCGGCGCGUACCGCGGGUCAAAGUGCGCGUGGGGUGGUCGAGGACCUACGCGUGAUCGUCCGUGAGCUGCGCGUUCGCCCCGUCGAUUUCGACGGCGACGUCGGGCGUUAUUUUGGCGCGAAAUCGGCCGCCCGAGAUUCGAAUUCCCGCCGCGUUCGGGCGCGCUCCGAUUAAUAUUCCCGUAUACGCGGAAUAAUCCGCGAAUCACGCGAAUUCUCGUCCAAGUGUGUAGAGAGCGGCCGCGAGUGACUCGUCAGCGAUGUGUCGGCGUGGGACGAGGGCGCCGCGGAUGGAGGAGGAGGAUCUAACGAUCGAUCAUGUGGCGUCUCGUCGUUGCCUCGGACGCAGUUAAGCUGCUCCUCUUCUGCUACGUCGAAUCCGCGAGUUUCGAUAUAUACUAUGGAGGUGCGAACAGAAAGACUACGGACCGCUGGUCGAAUAGCACCAACCGGAAGAGUAACACCGACGGUGCAUCAAACUGGUGGAGGCCGAAGAAAGGCCAUACCAGUUCCACCACCAAGAGUACCGACUCCCAUGCCCAUCGCGAAUAAUAAUCAACAAAAGAACAAUGCCAACGUUGUCGUCCCGCCCACGGUAUCGGCCGUGUCGAAGAAAGAGCCGCAGGAGAACAUUGCCCGGAUAGCGAAACGGUACCUCGACGAUAACAUGCAGCAGGCGUGGAUCAAUCCUCGUCUAAUAUCGAUGAUAAAUAUGGAAGCGGUGACCUCGUCUGAUUACAACUCCGCGAAUCUCAGCAGGAAUUUUAAUCAGGUCGGUUUCAACACCUAUAAUUACUCACAGUUUGAAGAGAAGUAUAAACCGCGGCAAAUUUUCAAAUACGGCGAUGAGUACCUCGAGUACGGGCAUAGGUCCGGCGGCAACGAGAGAUUCGCGCGAACUAAGUACCAGGACGGUCUGAGGUACGAUCAGCGAUAUUCGCGCAGCCAUUCUCAGCCUGAACGACAGCAACAUGUGUCCCAGGAGAUGCGCUCGAAGUCCCAGGAUUCCCGCGAGCUCACGUUCUAUGAGAUAGACCCGCCUGUGAAGUCGGAAAAUCCACGGCAACAUGACAAGCCGCAUCAGAAGCCGAAGAAGGAGCUGACCUUCUACGAGAUCGACGGAUUUCCGUCCGGUCAGGAAAAACGGGAUAAGUCCGAAGUGUGCAGGGAGCGUACCGAUAAGAGCGCCAAGUCCCACGACAAGGCUCACGCUGACGUUCAGGAGAGGCAGACCGCGAAGCACGGCAGGCAGGGCCACCAGGAGCAGCAGAAGGCGCUGACGAACGCGUCAACGUCGGACUGCUAUCAGCUAAACCGGUCGCAGUCAGAUCUCACGGAUUGUCAAUUGCCGAAUUACUCCGGGCACCGGAAUAAUCCGUACAUCGAUCCGCCCAAGUAUCGACAGUUCGACAGGCCGCCGCGGUAUCCGGAGGUCCCGCUGAAAUCGGAACCGCCGCCCAAGUAUCACGCCGAACCGUCCAAGUACGUCGAGAUGUCCAGACGGCAGGAUGACUUUAAGAAGAUUCAGGAGGAGAGAGGCAGACGACAAAGUGGCAGCGGCGGCGGGAUCGGGGGCAGCGGCAUCAGCGGCGGUGGUGGCGGCGGCGGCGGCGGUAAUUCCAGCGCAGGAAGGGGGAACAUCGGUACUCAUGGCGCCGAGACGCCCUCUAAUCUGGCCAGUAUCACGCCGACCGCGCGAGAAGUAACACGCGCCGCGAUCGCGCGACAACGGCUCACCCAUAAGACGUGUGACGCGCGCAGUAACGGCAACAACAAUAACAACAACAAUAACAACAACAGCAAGGAGAACCUGUUGCAGGAGACUAGUGUUGAUUGCGAAGCCCGAUGUCAUAUUGAACCCCCAUUAAAGGGUCAUCAUCAUCAUCACCAUCAUCAUCAACAACAGCAGCAGCAGCAGCAGCAGCAGCAGCAUCAUCAGGUCCGCGGAAUCGGUGGUAGCAACGUUGCUGGUGGUCUCAUCGGUAAUGUCUUCCUGGACAGUGGUGUCGGCUCGUACGGCGAGAUAACAAGUACGUGCGACAAGUACAAGGGCACCGGGUCGGAGUUGAAUCGGGGCGGCGACGCGGUUCAAGGUCGCCCGAGUGAGAGAUCCAUGCUGAAGAUCGAAAAGCUAUCGGGAAAGGCCACUCUUCACGGUGGCGAGUCAGCGAUUGGCAAGUGCGGCGCGGAGAGAAUGAAGCCGACCUCGCAGGAGGUCAGCUACAACAAGCACGAGGUCGGCAAGGCCAAGGGCCACGAUAUCGGGCACGGUUACAGAGUCGAGAAUCUGCGUUACUACGGCGAGCUAAAGGGCUACGCGGAUUUCAAGGCUUACGGCGCCGUGGACAAGCAACCGACGUCCAUGCUGAUGUCCGCGCACGACAAGUCGCAUCUUCUACACGCGUCCACCGCGUGCGAGAAGGGCGACAAGUGUCACGGCAAGGCGCCGUCUUCGUCCGCGCAGGGCUAUAGUCUGGCCAAGAUUGGCCAGCAACAGGCGGAGAAGAGCCAUCACGGCGGCGAUCACUACUACCACAGAUCGUCGCACUCGAAGCCGCCGAACGUGUAUCAGGUGUACCAGGAGACCAAGUACUCGUACAGCGUGAGCGGGGUGCCUGGGACGCCGGCGCAGGCCAGCGCAGCCGCGGCCUUCUUCGCAAGGGCAGCACAGAAGUUGAAUCUGUCGUCGAGCCCGCAUCGGAGACGACGCUCCGGCGACGAAAACAUCGGGUCUGACGAGUUGCCCAUUUUUCCCAAUGGAUACGCCGCGCUCCUUCUCAAGUCACCACCUCCGGCACCGCCCGCCCUUCUCAGGAGGAUAGGCGUAAAGGAGCUCACCGGAGUCGGCAAGGUCAAAGUUAUGCUGAGGGUAUCACCCGGGGACGGUGGUAGCUUCUUCAAUGCGGACAAGCGCAAAAAGCAAGUUACAUUAGUGGACCCAACAGCCGGGCAAUCUUCGUCGGCGGAAGAUCGACGACCUACUGUGGCGGCGCCAAAGAUGUUCGCGUUCGACGCCAUCUUCACCGAGGAAGACUCUCAAACCGAGAUCUGUUCGAGCGCUCUUACAGAUGUAAUUCACGCGGUCAUCAAUGGAACGGACGGCUGUCUAUUUUGUUUCGGACACGCUGGUUUGGGUAAAUCUCACACCAUGCUGGGAACUCCGGAGGCCGGUCACACACUGGGAGCGAUUCCUUGCGCCAUAGCGUGGCUCUUCCGUGGAAUUUCGGAGCAACGACAGAGAACCGGCGCCAGGUUCAGCGUCAGGGUCAGCUGCGUGGAACUGACCACCGGCCAGCAACAACUGAGGGACCUGCUUGCGGCGCACGCGAACGACUCUGAACAAUCGCCGGCCGUGUACCUCAGAGACGAUCCGCUGUUUGGUACUCUUCAACUGCAGCAGCACAGCGAGCUCCGUGCGCCGACGGCGGAACGCGCGGCAUUCUACCUCGACGCGGCGGUCGCUGGCCGUCAACGGGAGGAUGGCGACGCGCAUAUGCUCUACACGCUGCACGUGUACCAGUACAGCGUUGCCGGCAAGGGUGGAGUUGCCGGUGGCAGGAGCCGGUUGCACCUGAUGGAUCUGGGAAAUUCGGAUCGCGGGAAAUCCUCAGGCGGAAUUCCCCUCUCCGGUCUGGGCAACAUUCUGCUCGCGAUCUUCAACGGCCAGAAGCACUUGCCGUACAAGGAACACAAGCUGACCCAACUGCUGAAGGAGUGCCUCGGCUCUCUGACUUGUCACGCGGCCAUGAUAGCCCACGUGUCACCCAACGCUCAGCACUACACCGAGACGUUGACCACCGUUCAAUUGGCGUCGAGGAUCCAUCGGAUGCGACGCCGGAAGAUCAAGUUCGUCAGCAGCAACACGCAGGGUACCGGAAGCGGUGGCAGUUCCGGUGAAGAAGCGACUCGGCAAAAUAGCGAGUGCGACCCGAGUUCGAGCGAUUUGUCGGCUGAUACCGUGAUCUACGUCGGGCCGAGCGCCGACGACGCAACUGAUGGCGAACAUCCGCCUGUUUAUAUACCCAGCCUGAAUUCGGGUGACAAUCGUUGCGCGAUGGGCAGAGUGCUUCGCGGUUCCGCCGCCGAAAAGCCGAGCAAGUCCUCGGAGGAGCGCAGUCCGGCUCACAAGUCCUCGAAGGCGGUGAAGACGUUGACGCAGACCGCGUCGAAGCAGACCUCACCGGCGCACAGUGUGACGCCGAAAGCGAGUCCAGCCAGGAAGAACUCUUCGUCGAAAAACGCUUCGACAUCCAAGAUCGGCGAUUCACCUAGCAGUAAGAUACCAGUAGCCGCGCCAAGCGGUGGAUCCGACGAGCAAUGGAUAGACGGGCCGAGGAUCUCCAAGUCGAAGGUCGCGGAGGCGAGACAUAUGCUGAAGGAUUCUCAUCACAAGCGAGAAACAUGGAUCGACGGACCAAUGCAACUGACCGGCGCGCCGGCGUUGCAACUGCACGCGCAUCAGCACGCCUCCGGUUACGGUUUCAUGGACAGUCACAAGAAGAGCAUGAUCAGAAAGUGGGUGGAGAAUCAGUCGUCCCAAAUACAACGGGCGAAGCAUGCCGCGACGCGGCUCGAGUCCUCGAAGAUGUCGUCCGGUCAGUCAUCCGGCCAGUUUAAGGAGCUAACCCAGUUCAAAACCUGCGGUGGCGCGGACGACGACGACACAUCGUUGUCCACCGCGGAGAGCGAUAGCUUGAAGGCGAACGAGAUCGAGGACAUAACCGAGAAGCUGAGUGCCAAGCUGAAUCUACUUAAUGUCAAGUCUAACACAGAUUCGGGAUUAGAUUUGACGGCUAGCCCAGUGAUGGACGAUAGCAUCGAGAAAGGGAAACUUGACCUACCGGACGACGAAGAUGACGAUGAAGAGAUCGUCGUACCUCCUCCGCUACCACUGAUCGAGCCGCUUAGCAAUGGCGUUAGCCGAGAGGUAUCCAUGGAAAGUCUGAACCUGUCGCACAAGGACAUUGUUCUACCCUCCAGGCACUCGUUGUCCUCCGAGGAUGAAAUUUUGGAGAUUGUUGAGGUGGAGGAUUUGGAACCAGUCCCUAUGCAAGAUUCGUGUCUUCAGGUGACCGAGGAGGACAUUGCGCUCUGUAUGGGUGAGAAUCCGUUGCCCGAAAGCGAUCAGGAGGAACAUCCUCUAAGGAUUCUUAGCCAAGAGAAUCUCACUGUGGUCUCAACUUUUACAGACUCCAUGUCGGUGAUGUCGGACACGGAGAGAUACAGACCGCACUAUCCACCGCCGGUCGGCGCGGGUGUUCUGCCCAGACCGUACUUCGACCACGAAGACUUUCUCGAGCAAGAGACCAGGCACAAGUUCGAUCAGCUGGCCCGACUCCACGAGCUCUACCAAAGCAAACUCGCGCUCGCCAACGUUUCCAACUCCGUGACUUAUCAGAGAGAAAAUUCCUCCACCGUCAACGUGCGAGACGCUCCAUCAGCGACUGUCUUCCGUCCGCCGUCUCGGUGUCAAUCUUUAUCCCUUUCGGAUGUCUUGUUCAACGACAAUGCGAGCAAUCACGGCAGCAUAUACAGCGAGCCCGCGUACAUAGCCGGCAAGCCCGAUCAGGAGAAGAUCUGCGAUAAUUGUCGCCAGAGCAUGUCUAGGCCCGCCACGGCCUCCUAUUGGUAUCCUAGCAGCGUCGCUCAUCUCGCCAGUCCCAGGAGGUACUGCGGCAAGCUGGGCGAUUGCAACAUCUCCAAUCUGAGGCAUCCGGACGGUGCGUCGAAUCCCAAUUUAAAGGAGGAGAUCGAAAGGAUACCCGGAAAUGGGGCGUCCGGUUCGGAUCCCGAGGAGGAGUAUAUUGAAGCUAAGAAGCUGUUUACGGCUGCUGAGAGAUCUGAGAGAACGGUCACGGGAAAGUCUGACAUCGAGGAAGAUCUUAAAAUUCAAGGCGGAACACCGUUGCAGCUGCGAAUGCCGUCUCCGGCGCCAUCCUCCGGACGAAUGCAACGCAAGAUCCUUAGCCUUGGUUCCUCGUUCGGCCUGAACAAGGAAAGCUCCGAUUCCGGUGCAGAUACAACACCACGUGCGGCCACCAAGCUGUCGCCGGCCACGCUGUCCAGACAUCGUGCGGAGAGCUCGGGUUACGACAGUAUCGUUAGAGACAGCGAGACGAGCAGCAUCGCCAGUGACUCGUCCCGACAAACCGGCGCAUUACAGGAACAUCAAGCGGUGGAACGGCGGGCGGCAGGGUACGGGCCUCGGCGGUCGCGGGCCCAAUGCCGGGCUCAGCCGGGGCCGCCCGCGGCGUUGGCAAUUCUCGCAUAUACAGGCGAGGACGUAGACAUCUUGGACAGGCGCGCGCGGGUGCGCUCGAACCCACGUGGAACGACGUCCAGGAUACACAACCUGCGCCUGCGCCAGCGCCUUCUUAGGCUGGAGCUACGCGAUGCCAAAAGGCGCCUGAUGGUACCCGACACCCGCUGGGACUACGAUCUGUACGUGGAGGACAGUAUGGACUGGCGGGAUCCAUCGUUUUUGGAGGCCCUAACAGCUGAGACGUGCAUUUUGCAGAAGAGGGUAGAGGCAUGUAAGAGCCAUAUUCUUCUGGCCACUUGCUUCGAUUCCUGCCCUGAACAAUCGACAUCGGCCGAGAUUAAGAUCACCUAACGUAGACUCAGAUCAGCACGCAUGACCGCGUGUUGAUCACCAAUCCCGCCCACCCACCUACAAAUUUAAUCGUUGAAACGAGACGAGCGAGGUCGCCGAAUGGAAUAAAAUAAAAUUAACAGAUAAUGAUGUCGAUGUCGCUCGACUCCGUCCAAUAGUUGUUAAUGAUAUAUCGUGGUAUCACCGUCAUCGUCAUCGUACGUCAUCAUUAUUGUUAAGUCUUGUAAAACGGUACUAGGAAUAUAGUAAAGGAGAACUAAAGUUUUAUCGGGGUAUCGCACACGUACACGCACACGCACGUGUCUUAUCGGAGUUAUAUUACGGAAUUAUAACGAAGGGUGUAUUCGUGUUAGAGAUUUCGCGGUUGCUUCAGUUUCAACGAUCUUUCUCAGGAUGUGUGCGGAACGAAGAUGUUAGAUAAUUUUCGCGGUUGUUACAAUAGUGAAACGAGCCUCGGUUUCGAACGCGAUGUUUCGCCGCAUUUAUAUCGGUUUAACGUGAGAAGUUGGUGCUUUGUUUUUACGUCUAUUAUUCAUCAGAGUUAUUUAGAAACACUAUUGCUGCCAUUUUCUAUCUGAUGCCAUUAGUAAUUUAUAAGAAAAAGAAAGAUAUUUCUGACUUUUAAAGACUGUCGGUCAAUCGGCCGAACCACGUGUUAUCGGGAACAGCGACGAGUAGAACAAGCGGAUAAUGAUGCGCACAGACUUCUAUUGUCGCCCUAGACUAGGAAUAUUCGUCUCAAUCUAGAAACAAUACGACACGCGUCGAUAUUCAUAAUUCAUGUCGAUCGGGGAACAACAAUCGACCGCGGACUAAAAAGACAGUCGAGUGAAAAUCGAGAUCAUGAACAAUUGUAAAAUCAGAUAUAAUUAUCCGAGCUAUCUCACACUACCGAGAAUUUAGAUCGGCCGCAAUCUGGACGAUAAUUGCAACUGAUUAAAUUUAAUCCUUCUCUAUGUUAUCGUUAGGGCUGCGAACACGAGAGGGAAAAAAUAUCGUUAAAUGGAGUUGAUUAAUCUGAGUUGCCAAUGGAGAUCGCUCGUAAUGACGGAUAUUAAGAUAUUAGAAAUAGAUGCAGAUUUGUUCAUGAAAUCGAGCUUCGGUUUUGAGAUAAAGCCAAACGUGAGCAACGCACUGCCAAACGAGUGCAAAAAAACAAACAACCUUUUAUACAACUAACGAACAAUUGAUAAAACAAAACGCGCCGUACGUAAUGUAUCUAAUGCACGCACGUUAAUUCACGGUAUUAUCUAGUAGCUUUAAUCGUUAUCAGCAGUUACCGCACUUUGUAGAGUUCUGUAACUCACUUAGAGAGACACAAAAGAGAAUAUAUGAGAGGAAGAGAGACAGAAUGAGUGAGAGAAAGGAAGAAAGAACGUGCGCACGAAAGAUAAGAAAAGAAAUGAGAGUAAGUAUAACUCGUAAAUUUUUACUAAUCGUAAGAAACGCUCGAUUUGUGCGAGUGCUAUUGAAACUUGAUGAGAAAAGAGAGGGAGGGAAGAGGGUGGAGGAAAAGAACGAGUACCGAAAUCUCGUUUCCAACAUAAGAAUGUUACGAAGAGAGAGAACGCGGAUAGGAUAUGAGCGCAGGCGGAGAUGAGGCCGGGGAGAAUGAAAAUAGAUGGGAUGAAAAUAAAUCGGUAUGGGCGUAAUGCGAGGCAGAAAUAGAGGUAUUCUAGUUUUCUGAUGUGAGUCUCGUGAUGGACCGAUGAAUAUCGAUGGAAAACCACUCGUUUUUCUCGUCCCGAACUGUUAUAUCUUGAGGUUCGUGAUUGCAUCAUACACACAUACACGCAGAUCCAUAUUUACAUUCUGUAUUUAACAUUAAUGCAAAUAUGUAACAUUGAAUUUUUGUUGACUAUCUCUAGCAUAAUUUUGAAAAUAGCAAUCCAUACAUUGUUACGGAUUGAAAAAUUUAUUAGCCACAUUUGAUGUUAAAUACAAAAUAUAAAUGUGGACCAAAGGCACAAACGUCAUUUUCUUCACGGAUAUGUGAAAUGACGUCAGAUUGUUGAUUGGCAAAUUCGUACGUAUUCCACGGAUGGAAAGUAACGAGAUCAAGUGACGCUAAUUAAAAAGAUCUUAUAUGCUCGUUUCUCUGUGUCUCACUUAUUGACGACCAAAGAUGUGAAUUUGCCGCCGAAAUCGUUAUCAUUACUUUAUCUGUUGCUUCCUUUUGUUGAGAAUGAAUGCCCGACAUUAUUGUUGACCAGAAUGUUUGUCGCGAGAGGACCACAAUUGACAAUUUUCUGUACUAAUCGAUUACUCGAAUUGUCGCGCGAUCGGCUAUGAUAAUCAUAUUUACAAAAGUAUAGCAUUUCAUUCAUUAAUCUCCUUAAUGAGAAUUAUAUCCAGGAAACAAAUCAUUUCCACCUCCAAAUAUCAAAAGACAUCUUUAUAACGAUAAGUUUAAAACAUUAGAACAUUCACGUGUAUGAUAUUUAUUUACUUAUCGUCGCGUGUCUGACAAUGAGUUCAGUCUAAGUUAAAAGUACAUUGCCAAGAGCGUGUCAGUCCAUCUGCCGUGAAUACAAUAGUAAUAAUAACGAAUUAUAGUGAUAGUAAUUAUUAAUUGUAACUAGCGAUCUACUUCCACUUUCCAUUGGAAAAAAACACGCGUCUCUGUAUCAUAGUACUUGUAUUAUAUUUAUAUUUUAUAUGUACAAAUUAGUUAUGUAAUUUCUUGUAAUAAAGAUCAAUUUACAACGUGUAUUAUAAA